AUGUUUGGAAUAUCACAGUUACAGGUUUUGUCUCUUUGUUUCAGAUUCACCAAGUUAAUACUCAUACUAUGGGGCAUAUGGACGACAAUAAACAACGGAGCGGCAGCUCUGUGUGCAAGCGAAUGCAUUUGUCGCAACGUUUUCGACAUCGAGAUCGGAAGCACGGUACGUGUCGAAUGUACGCGGGGCGACAUGCGAACUAUACCCGUCGACUAUUUCGACUAUAAUAUAGAUAAGGUCAUCAUAUCUGCACCGGCGAAUCGGCCUAAUUAUCUCACCAUUGGACCUAUUUUCACGCAACCAAUACCAUUCGUUAAUCUACGUGAACUCCACAUCAUCAACUCUAAUGUUCCGUCAAUAGGCCAGUACUCAUUCUGGGGGCUACGAAAUCUGAGACUCAUCAAACUAACGGACAAUAACCUAACCAGUAUCAACACAGAUAACUUCAGAGGUCUUAUUAAUCUUGUAGAACUACAUUUGGAUUACAAUAACAUCGAGCAAAUGCCAAGUGAGACAUUCCGGCAUCUGACUGCCUUAAAGACUCUGAAUCUGUCGCAUAAUCAAAUUUCCACUCUCGUACCACGGCUAUUCCGGAUGUUAGCAAAAUUGACGGUCCUUGAUUUGAGUGACAAUCCAUUAGCGGACCUCAAUCCAGAAGUCUUCAAAGAUAUUCAGCACCUCAGAAUAUUUAAAUGUCGACAGUGUCUAUUGCGAAGAAUCAAUACUCAGAUCUAUCAUUUGGUGCCAAAUUUGGAUGAGCUAGAUCUAGGUGAAAAUCUAUUUAAAUAUUUGACAUCGGACGAGUUCAUCAGUUUGAAAAAACUUAAGAAGCUUCAAUUGGAUGGAAAUCAAUUAUCAGUGAUUGUUGAUAACAUAUUUGGAAAUAAUCGGGAAUUACGAUCGCUAACAGUGGCACACAACCGUCUCGCCCUACUGGCGCCCGCUGCCCUCACUAAUUUAACCACCCUAUUCGAUCUGGACAUUAGCCACAACAAAAUUGAUAGAUUCCACCUGCAAACAUUUGGUCCUGUGGUAUAUACCUUGAAAAGUAUCAACUUUAGUGGCAAUAAUUUACCACUCAACGAAAUUGCAAUUGUUCUGCAAAUAUUACCCGAAAUUCAAUCAGUUGGAUUAGCAAAUAUGUCAUUGCAAGAAUUACCUCCAAAUUUUUUUACAUAUAACGAACAUUUAAUUUCAUUGGAUCUUUCGUGGAAUAUGAUAUCGACAUUUCCUUAUAAACUACUAACCAAAACUAAAUAUCUGCAAAAGCUUGAUUUAUCACGGAAUAGACUUAAAACUCUCGGAGAGCAUGAUUUGCAGAGACUGGAAGCUAUAGCGCACGUAGAUCUAUCAAAAAAUCAUUGGUUGUGCAAUCAAUGUUCUGCAAGUACAAUGAUUAUUUUUAUGGAAACCACUGUGCUGAAUUCGACUAUACGCCGAUUGAAAUGCCACUCACCUUUGAAGCUUUAUGGUGUGAGUUUUGGUGAGCUUAGAUUAGAGCAUUUGGAUCAAUGUGGUUCUCCGUAUGAAGCGCAGUUGAGCGUAAUAGCAGGAUUAAUGCUCCUGUGCGUAGCUGUUCUGGCUACUGUUACUACUGCGUUGUGCUGCUCAAGGCGCCGUGCGGCACAUUACUAUACAAACGAAGAGAAACGAAGAGAGAAGACAAGAGAACACGAGCAUGAUCAUCCAGAGGAGCUACUCGGCCAAACGGAGUUAGGCAGCGUUGCCACUAUUCACGCGCCUUACCAUUUGACGACGAAGGGCAGCUAA